AUGCUUCCACCAGCUUCACCGCCGAGAGCAGCCACCGAGAUGCCAGCCAUGCCCGUCACUCCUCCACCGCCUGCAAAGCGAAACCCUCGAGGGCGCAAUGCCCGCUCCAUGACUGCCAGCGUCGCUGCCUCUUCCUCGACAUCGACCCGCGAAGCUUUGGUCGGCAGGCAGCCUUCCGUGGCAUUGACCGAAGCGGAGUCUCGCUCCGCUUCCGAAGCCCCUAUCCUCGAAAAGCCUGUUCUCGAGCGCACAGAUCCCUGGCCAGAACACUUCCUGCAGCUCGAAAAGACGUUUCGCGCUAUCAACACCGUCUACUCGUUCUGCUCCGCACGCAAGCACAUGGCAAUCACGUACGACACCAUCAAGACAAGCGUCGAAGGCUUGACCAAACGACCGCUUCAGAUCUUUGACAUUGCCCAGAUCAAGAGCCUGUGCGGUGAGCUCAUCCACUUUGCGUACGUCGAGCACGAUAUGCUUCAGGUACAUAUGGAUAGCAGAGCCAAUGCAGAGGACCCCUCGAGCAACACGGUCAAGCGACGUCAGAAGUCGAGCGCCCAGUACAGGGACGAGCUCUACCAAAAGGCAGCAGAGGCGAUUGCUUCGGGCGAUCCUUACGUGCCAGAUGAUCCGAACGCUGCGGCCAUCGCAGCCAUCGCAGCAUCAGCAUCGGCGUCCACAGCGCCAAUGCCAGUCGACUCUGCCGGCUUUGCUACCACGGGAGGCGGAUUUCAAGACGUCGCUGACACUGACCUUCUUGGCGGCUCUCGCGGCCCAUUGCUAGCUCCCACCGAGCUCGAAGUGCAACAGCUACAAGCCAAGGGAAAGCAACGCGCCAGGGACGAGUACGUGCUGCUUUUUGAGUUCAACGAUGGCACCUUGCAAGGUCCCAAGGCAACGGCUCGAGGUCGUCCCGGUAUGCGUCGAGGACCGAACAGGAAGCCAGCAAACCCAAACGCCAAACCGAAAUCAAAUCCAAAACUCUACUCGUUGCCGUCGACAGCAUCCAUGAUGAAGCUCAUCAACAAGCGCAACUUCAAAUUCGAGCAGGCGGUGCUGGAACUGCUCGCCGCCUGCAAGGCCAAAGACGAAGACCCGGUGCAGUUGCUCAUCGAUGCGGCUCACGACCACGUGCCUCUCAACCCCGAGACUGCGACCAGGACGGAAGGGGACACUCCGCAAAAGAAGCGCAUCCGUCUCGAGUUCCUCAUGAAGAAUCCGGAACAUCGUCCCAGCGUCGCUUCCGUGAUCGAGGAGAUGAAGAUUGCUCCGUGGUGGAAGGAUCAGAUCGUGCCAGGUGGUCACAAGGUGUUCGACGAACGUCCAGCCAAGACAGGAGAGCUCAACUACUUGCUCAGUCAAGCCGUCGUCAAUGCGCUCUACGCCACACACGGUAUCGAACAGUUUUACGCGCAUCAAGCUGAAGCGCUCAAUGCGCUUCACGAGCAGAAGAACGUCAUUGUUUCCACCUCGACGUCCUCGGGUAAGUCGCUCAUCUACCAGCUUCCCGUACUCGGUGCCAUCGAGCAGGAUGGUGAAGCCACGGCCAUGUUCAUUUUCCCGACAAAGGCGUUGGCGCAAGAUCAGCGACGAUCGCUCCAGGACCUCAUUUCCAACUGCGAAGGAGUCGAGGGCGCCAUCGUCGCAACGUACGAUGGCGACACAGACAAGGAUCUGCGCAAAGACAUUCGAGAACGCGCCAACGUCAUCUUUACCAACCCGGACAUGCUGCACCAGUCGAUCCUUCCGAGCGAGGAUCUGUGGCGACGCUUCCUCCGCAAUCUUCGCUACGUCGUCGUCGACGAACUGCACAUCUACAAUGGUUUGUUCGGAGCCCACGUCAGCUUCAUCAUGCGUCGAUUGCGCCGCAUCUGCAGCGCACUGGGCAAUCGCACCGUGCAGUUCGUCAGCUGCAGUGCUACGGUCGCCAAUCCGAAGGAGCACAUGCAGACGCUCUUUGGCGUUGAAGACGUCCACGUCGUCACGGAAGACGGCUCGCCAGCGGGGAGGAAGGAGUGGUUGAUCUGGAAUCCGCCGUACAUUGACGAGUCGGAUCCCGCGCAGGGCAGAGUCAGCUCAUAUGCCGAAGUCAGCAAGGUCUUCCGUCAUCUCAUUCAACGCGGUGUCCGAACCAUCAUCUUCACCAAAGUUCGGAGGACCUGCGAGAUCGUCAUGCGCCAAGUGCGCAACGAUCUCUUGCUCGAAGAUCGUCCGGAUGUAGCCAACAAGGUCAUGUCGUACCGGUCCGGCUAUUCCCCGCAGGACAGGAGGAAGAUCGAACAAGACAUGUUCAAAGGACAGCUGCUCGGAAUCGUGGCCACCUCGGCGCUCGAGUUGGGUAUCGACAUCGGUAGCUUGGAUGCCGUCAUCAUGCUAGGCUUCCCGUACUCCAUCUCGAGUCUGCGUCAGCAGGCGGGCAGAGCAGGUCGACGUCAGAAGGAUUCGCUGUCGGUGCUGAUUGGAGAUCCGUGGCCGAUGGAUCAGCACUACAUGCAUUUUCCGGACGAGAUCUUCUUGCAGCCGGACGCGGCGCUGUCGGUGGAUCUGGGCAACGACUUCAUCCUCGAGUCUCACUUGCAGUGUGCUGCUGAAGAGAUGCCCAUCACGCUCGAAGACGACGAGCAGUACUUUGGUGCGCACCUCGCCACGCUGUGCGAGACACGACUCGAGUCGGACGGGAGCGGCUUCUUCUACUGUCGCGAAGAGCUGCGACCCAAUCCGGCUCGCGAUGUCGCCAUCCGAGGAGCACGCCAGGACAGCUACUGCUACAUCGACGACACGCCCGGUCGCGCCGGUGGAGCCAAGGUGAUGGAGGAAGUCGAGAUCGAACGCGCCAUCUUCGAAGCCUUCGAAGGAGCCGUGUUCAUGCACCAGGGUUUGUCCUACAUCUGCCGCGAGAUCAACCACGAGACACGCAUCGCACGCAUGGUGCAAGCCGACGUCAACUACCACACGCGACCUCGCGACCACACCAACACCGACGCCAUGGAGACGUACCGCAUCCGACGCCUACGUGAGUCUCCUUACCUGGCGUACUACGGCAAAGUGACCAUCGCCAGCUACGUCUGGGGCUACUUCAAAGUGGAUCGACGCGCCAACAUCCUCGAUGCUGUCGAGGUGGACUGUCCACCGUUCAUCCGACACACGCGCGGGCUGUGGAUCGACGUGCCCACCUGGCUGGUCGACGCCAUGACGGACAAGCGGAUCAACGCGGCGGCUGCGAUCCACGCUGCGGAGCACGCGCUGCUAUCGCUCACGCCCAUGUUCGUCGUUUCCGUGGCGGGGGAUGUGAGGACCGAGUGCAAGAUCGCCGAGAAGGAGUACGCUGCCAAGCCGAGUUCGAGGAAACGUCCUGCGAGGUUGAUCUUCUACGACAUGCCGGGGCAGAACGGAGGGGUGUGCGCCAAGGCGUUCGAGCAUCUGGAUGGACUGAUACGGAUUGCGAUCAGUGUGAUCGAAGCGUGCCCGUGUACGGAGGGAUGUCCGUCGUGCGUGACGAGUCAGACUUGUGCACAUGCGAAUCUGGUGACGAGUAAAGUGGGUGCGUUGGGCGUGUUGAGGGGGAUUGUAGGGAGGGAGCCGUUCGAUCCGGAUCUGGAGGUGCAGAACGAACCGGGCAUCGCACCGUCGCAGCUGGGCGAGAGGGAGUCGGUGCAGGGUACGAUCGCAGAGGCGGUGCCGGUGAGAGUGGCGAAGGAGCUGGGUGGAGCGGUGCAGGUGGAGGACGUGGAAGAGGUGUUGCCGCCGAGCCUGCAGGCGUUGGGACGGAGGGCGAUGGAAGGGGCGGUGUUGAGGGGCGAGGUGUUCGAAGGUCCUACUGGAUCGAACGGGACGGGACCUGGUGGUGGCUUCUUGCCGGGGAAAAGCAUGCUCUUUCAAGAAUGA